AUGCCACUAACAAAAGAGUGCAACAACGAGCCAGGGCCAGCAAAAAACAAUCUUAAUAUUACACCAUACGAAAUUCGUUAUCUGAAAUACUCAUGGGAAAAAGCGAGUUCAGCGGCGGAUAUUGGCUGCGAGCUAGUGGCAAGGUUGCUUAACGACAACCGUACCAGAUUCCGUGCCUUGAUUGAGAGUCAUUCCGGGGACGUUCUUGGCUCAGCUAACCUUGCGGCCGAUGAUGUGAAGAAGUUCCGACGAGCGCGAUCAGUGGCUCAUGGAGUAGUGAUGUUUUUCAACCAGGUAUAUGAUAAUUACUUGAACUCAAAUGACUAAAA